AUGCUGCAGUUGGUAACGAGACGCUUGGAGGCUUUGCGACGCCUUGCAUGCGCAUUUGUUGUUGUAUGUUUUGCCUUUUGGCAGCGGUAUCGUUGGUUUGACCAAAGUCAGAGAAGUCGGCACCGUCCACGAGGUGCACCACGGCCAGCUCCCUCAGCUGUUCCAUUUUCACGGCCAGCAACAGCAGAGGAGCUGGGAGAUUGGCACUUUGGUGGGCGAAGGCGUUGGCUUUGGUUUCACGACGGCCAGACGCAGAACGGCUGGUUUGAGCUCGGAGCCGCGGGAGGGCUGCGAGUUGAGAUCGGCCGGAGCCGGGGAGGGAGCUGGUGGAGGGGAUGGUCAGGCGAGCUGGUCGUUUCCUUCGGCCGUUGUCAUCACGUCUUGGAGCUAACACAGGCGGCCGAGAUUCCCACUUUUCGGGUAAAGGAGCGGAAAAUGAAGGAUGGCUCCGUGGCACGGGCACACGAAGCGAAAACCAUCGGAAAGUUGGAUCUGAGCUUUACAAGCUGA